UGUGUUUGCACUUCGCACUUCGCACUUCACAGUGUGGCUGUGCAGCGUCCAUCAAAAGGGAUCUUUUUCUUACGGGCAUAAGUGGGAGAAGGAGGUGGCAAGGGAGCGAGGUGGUGGCUCCGAGGGAGCGAGAGACCAGAAAGAUUCCGAGAAAGGCCGAACGAAGUGGGUGGUGAGAGCGACCUCGCCGCGCGCCGUUAACAUUCGCUCGCACCCACGCAUACAGAAUUACAGACGCAGCGCAGCUGAAGCGGAGUGCUCAAGUGCUCUCGGGGCGAGGGACCUUGCGCGAGCCACCCCGAGGAGUUACUCCAACACCUUGGUCAUUGGUGGCGCACCAGAUACAACCAGAUAUCAACGAGCGAGCGUGCGAGCGAGUAGGUGAUUCUUGCGAGAGGGUGACGAUACAUUACUGGGUUCGCGUUCGCGAGGAGGAAUCAAGGAUUUUCUUCAGGGAGAAUUAAGAGAAGCCCCUUUCCAGCAAAAAGUGAAAAAGAGAAAGAGAGGAAGAGGGAGCCCGAACUUGACUUGUAGUCACAGCAGCAAUAGAGCAAAGAAGAAGAUAAAGGAAGGCCUGUCUUACUAUUCUUAACUUGUAAACGCAUUCGCGAAGCAAGGAUGGUACGGAGAUUCUGUAACGGUGCGGUUGCACUUGGCAUCGCCCUGACGGCCUGCGCCGCUUUUCCGCGCGCCGUCAUGGCGAUCGACCUCAGCCGCUUCUACGGUCAUUUCAACACGAAACGUUCGGAGGCUUGCCAUCCGUACGAACCGUUUAAGUGUCCAGGCGACGGUAUUUGCAUCUCGAUACAGUAUCUCUGCGACGGAGCACCCGACUGUCAGGACGGAUACGACGAGGAUUCAAGAUUGUGUACCGCAGCCAAACGACCGCCCGUAGAGGAAACUGCGAGUUUUUUGCAAUCUCUGCUAGCCAGUCACGGUCCCAAUUACCUAGAGAAGUUAUUCGGAACCAAAGCACGCGAUACGCUAAAACCUCUCGGUGGUGUAGAAAAAGUGGCCAUCGCGCUGUCUGAAUCGCAAACGAUCGAGGACUUUGGCGCAGCGCUACACUUAAUGCGCUCGGAUCUCGAGCACCUGCGUUCAGUUUUCAUGGCGGUGGAGAAUGGCGACCUGGGCAUGCUGAAAUCUAUCGGUAUCAAGGACUCCGAGCUAGGCGACGUCAAGUUCUUCCUCGAGAAACUCGUUAAGACGGGCUUCCUCGAUUGAACGGUCACACUCGCCGCCGAACCGCCGUCGUCGCCGCCGUCGUCGCUGUCAUCGUCGUCGUUGU